AUGGAAAUUAAACCAAUACCAGUUGAAGUAUGCAACCCAACAAAUAAAUCAACAAUUAAUACAAGCGAGAGAUGCUGCACGUUAUCGUUUCAAUUAUUAUCUUCAAAUGGAAUGACCGAUUCAGAGAAUCUCCAACAUCAGGAAGUUCAAAAUAGUAGAAAUUUAACUCAACCUAUAACAAAAACCGAAAUAGACGAAAAUUCCAGGAAAAAUAACUCAACAAAAAUAAAACCUUCUCAGAAAUCAAACAUCCAACAGCGAAAUAACAAAAGUAUGUGUACAGAACCAUGCCAAAAUUCAUAUUAUUAUGCAUCGAAAUACCAACAUAUACAACCCAAACGAAUUGGGAAGUCAAAAAUAAAGAAAUUUGUUAAAUGCGAAAUCACACAGACAAGUGACAUAAUAUUUGAAUCAUCAGAGAGUAAAAAUACUGAAAUUCAGAAUGAUAUUUCCAAAGACUCAUCUGCUUUUCAAGCAGAUCUUACGUCAACAAAGAUAAAUGACGGAGUAUUUCUAACUGAAAAUGAUUUAACAACUGACACAGAAUUUCAAGUUAAUAAAAGUUUUAGUUUUCAACAAGAAGACGAUGUUGAAUACAAUACUCUAGAAGACACAACUGCUGUCAUUUCCGAACCUACCAAUUCUGAUUAUUUGGAAGAUGAUGUGAUCUCAGCUGCUGAUUCAACACAAGGAAUGAAUUAUCUUACAGAUGAAUCAGAAAAUUAUCGAGAAAAUAUCAUAUUUGAUAAGACAAAAGUAUCAUUUGUAAGUGAUGAGAUUGAAUUAGCACCAGGACAACUCUCCCCUCCAAUAAAGCUAAUGAACCAAUUAGUAGAUGAUGAUCGGGAGCUUCAACCAGAAGAUCUUGGCAUUUGGCUAAGAAAUUUGUAA